GGGCAGCUCCCGUCUGCCUGGGCUGCCCCCGAUGGUUUUGCCUCGGCUCUGGGAGAGCUUCAGAGCCCACCGCGCGCACCUCGCCCGCCUGAGCUCCCUCUGCACUAGGAUGUUGCGGCAGGUUCUGCACAGGGGGCUGAGAACGUCUUUUUCCAGACUCGGCCACUUCAUUGCCAGUCACCCGGUGUUCUUCGCCUCCGCACCCGUGCUCAUCUCGAUUUUGCUGGGGGCCAGCUUCAGCAGGUACCAGAUCGAGGAAAGCGUGGAGUAUCUCCUGGCCCCCAAACACAGCCUGGCCAAGAUCGAGAGGAGGCUGAGAACGUCUUUUUCCAGACUCGGCCACUUCAUUGCCAGUCACCCGGUGUUCUUCGCCUCCGCACCCGUGCUCAUCUCGAUUUUGCUGGGGGCCAGCUUCAGCAGGAGGGAGGGCAGGGUCAUCAUCACAUCCUUCAGGAAGGCGAACAUGCUGGACCAACAUCAUACUGAUCUGAUCUUAAAGUUACACUCAGCUGUGAUCAGGAUCCAAGUACAAAGACCUGGUUUCAAUUAUACAUUUGCCCAUAUAUGUAUCCUGAAUAAUGACAAGACUUGCAUAGUGGACGACAUAGUGCAUGUACUGGAGGAGCUAAAGUCAGCUCGAUCUUCUAAUCGAACUAAUUUUGCUAUCACAUAUCCAAUAACUCACUUAAAGGAUGGCAGGGAAGUAUAUAAUGGGCACCAGCUUGGCGGGGUUACCGUACACAGUAAAGAUCGAGUGAAGUCUGCAGAAGCCAUUCAGCUCACCUACUAUUUGCAGGCAAUCAACUCUUUGAAUGACAUGGUAGCAGAAAAGUGGGAAUCUAUCUUUUGUGACACUGUUGAACUUUUCCAGAAAUCCAACAGGAAAGUCAAAAUGUAUCCCUUCACUUCGUCUUCGCUAAAGGAGGAUUUCCAGAAGACUAGCAGGGUGUCAGAACGUUACCUGACCACAAGCCUGGUCCUUGUGAUCACUUUGGCCAUACUCUUCUGUUCCAUGCAGGAUUGUGUCCGCAGCAAACCCUGGCUUGGCCUUUUAGGAUUGUUAACCGUGAGCUUAGCCACUCUGACUGCAGCUGGAAUCAUCAAUCUGACUGGUGGGAAAUACAAUUCCACCUUCCUGGGAAUUCCCUUCAUCAUGUUAGGUCAUGGGUUAUAUGGGACUUUUGAAAUGUUGUCCUCCUGGAGGAAAACUAGAGAAGACCAACAUGUUAAAGAGAGAACUGCAGCUGUGUUUGCAGACUCCAUGCUCUCCUUUUCUCUCACCACUGCCAUGUACCUGGUCACUUUUGGAAUAGGUGCCAGUCCUUUCACUAACAUUGAAGCAGCUAGGAUUUUCUGCUGCAAUUCCUGUAUUGCAAUUUUCUUCAACUACCUCUACGUACUGUCCUUUUAUGGUUCCAGCCUGGUGUUUACUGGCUACAUAGAAAACAACUACCAGCAUAGUAUCUUCUGCAGAAAGGUACCAAAACCAGAGGUAUUGCAAGAGAAGCCUGCGUGGUAUAGGUUUCUUCUGACAGCCAAAUUCAGCGAGGACACAACGGAUUCAGAGGAAACAAAUACUUAUGAAAGUCAUCUUUUGGUGUGUUUCCUCAAACGCUAUUACUGUGACUGGAUAACAAACACUUACGUCAAGCCUUUUGUAGUUCUCUUUUACCUUGUUUAUAUUUCCUUUGCCUUAAUGGGCUACCUGCAGGUCAAUGAAGGGUCAGACCUUAGUAACAUCGUAGCAACUGCGACACGAACUAUUGAAUACACUACUGCCCAGCAAAAGUACUUCAGUAACUACAGCCCAGUCAUUGGGUUUUAUAUCUAUGAGUCAAUAGAAUAUUGGAACACAAGUGUCCAAGAAGAUGUGCUAGAGUAUACCAAGGGGUUUGUGAGGAUAUCUUGGUUUGAGAGCUAUUUAAAUUAUCUUAGGAAACUCAAUAUAUCAACAGGAUUGCCCAAAAAGAAUUUUACUGACAUGUUGAGGAACUCUUUCCUGAAAGCUCCCCAGUAUGCCCAUUUUUCAGAGGAUAUCAUCUUUUCCAAGAAAUACAACAAUGAAGUUGAUGUAGUGGCUUCUAGGAUGUUCUUGGUGGCUAAGACAAUGGAAACCAAGAGAGAAGAACUCUAUGAUCUCCUUGAAACCUUGAGGAAACUCUCUCUCACAUCAAAAGUGAAAUUCAUUGUUUUCAAUCCAUCAUUCGUGUACAUGGAUCGUUACGCCUCCUCAGUGGGAGCCCCCUUACAAAACUCCUGCAUCAGUGCUUCCUUUCCUCUAAUCAAUGUCUGGCUCACUCUAACUGUUGCCUCAGUCGAAUUUGGAGUCAUAGGUUUCAUGACCUUGUGGAAAGUGGAACUGGACUGUAUUUCUGUCUUGUGCUUAAUUUAUGGGAUUAAUUAUACAAUUGACAACUGUGCUCCACUGUUAUCAACCUUUGUCCUGGGCAAAGAUUUCACAAGAACUAAAUGGGUAAAAAAUGCCCUAGAAGUGCAUGGGGUAGCGAUUUUACAGGGCUACCUCUGCUAUAUUGUUGGUCUGAUUCCUCUUGCAGCUGUGCCUUCAAAUCUGACCCGUACACUGUUCAGGUGCUUGUUUUUAAUAGCAUUAGUCACCUUCUUUCACUGCUUUGCCAUUUUACCUGUGAUACUGACUUUUGUGCCACCAUCCAAGAAAAAAAGGAAAGAGAAGAAGAAUCCUGAAAACCGUGAGGAAAUAGAGUGUGUUGAAAUGGUGGAUAUGGAUAGUACCCGCGUGGUUGACCAAAUUACAACAGUCUGACUUUUUUGUUUGUUGUCUUUUCACAUUAGGUCUUAUUGAGAGAAAAGAGAUCAUUAUAGACUAAACAUUGGAUUUUUUUAUUUUUCUUUUCCUAAACUAAAACCAAGAAUAGCCAAAAUAGUGGGUGGGGGAAAAUGGAAAUUGUACAUUAAUUGGCCUCCAUAACAAAAAUGUUAUUAGUGAAAGAAUUUAUACCCACAUGCAAAGAGUGUGAAUUUUGGUCACUUGAGGUAAGAUCUAAUAAGGGAAGAUGGGUUACUAAGCACUGUUCUGCCUUCUCUGUA